AUGUCUCACUUGGAACAAUCGGUUUCCUCCGCUUCUAUUCCUCUCGAGGACGAGUUCUAUGAUCGCCACAUCCGUAUCGCUGGUGUCGAUGGCGGGAUACUCAACGAAGCUGUUCAGGGCAUCACCGGUCUCAGAAGAGAUCCUGGUCAAGCGGUGCGAACUGCACAGUACGAAGGCAAGAAGACUCCUGCACUCGACACCUGGGACACCAGAGUCUCCUCCAGACUGAAGUGGAUUCCAGCAUGGAAUGACUAUAGCUUGACCCAACUGUCUUCUGAUGGCUUUACCUUGGAAGAGCGAACGAGAGCCGGUCAGUCUUGGAUCAACAUUCCAGGUAGCACACAUGCUGGAGGACUGGUCUACCUGGGUGGCGCAACGAAAGGCGGGUUGGCGCUCGGACUGAGAAAUUUUUGGAAGCAAUACCCAUCUCAACUAGACAUUUCGAAUGCUGCGACGGAUGUUGGUUCCAUCACUGUCUGGCUCUACAGUCCCGCUGCCCAACCUUUGGGCACCAGACCCUUCCACAAUGGAUUAGGCGGAUAUGACUCGCCACAUGGAGUCGCAAAGACAAGCGAGCUCUUCCUUUUUGGCUUCGAAAGCACACCUGGGUCUGAUUCUCUUGCAACAUUGACUGAGCACAUCAACUCGCCACCUGUCCUUGUCGCUGAUCGUGACCAUAUCGUCAAGUCGGAAGCACUUGGAGCCUACUGGCAGAGCCCUAACAAUCUCAACUUCGUUGCCCAGUUCUACCAGGGUCAAGUGUCUCAACGUAAGUGGUAUGGCUUCUGGGAUCACGGUGAUGUGAUGCAUACACACGAUGUUGCCCGUCACGAAUGGCGAUAUGAUGUUGGAAGUUACGCUUGGGACAAUUCUGAGCUAUCUCCCAAUCUUUUGUUCUGGAACCAGUUCCUUCGCACCGGUCAGGCUGAUCUCUAUCGCUUUGCCGAAGCGCAUACAAGGCACACUGGUGAGACAGACGUCUAUCAUCUUGGGCCUUGGAAAGGUCUGGAGACAAGACAUGGCGUGCUCCAUUGGUCAGACUCUUCCAAGCAAAUCCGCAUCUCUCAGCCGCAAUACCGCAAGGUCUAUUACUACCUCACUGUCGUGGACCCGAGAAGGAAGGUGCGAGCUGCAAACAUCACUUACGUUGCUGACUCCAAGGCUCUUCUCAUCGAUGUUGGACUGGAUUGGUCCGGACAAGCAGCGGCUUGGCUCAUCGAGUGGGAACGUCGUGGCCCUCGCUGGCAAGAAGCAAAGUCCAAACUCCUCGAGACCAUGAAGGGCAUCGCAAACUUGAAGAACGGUUUCGUCACUGGCGAAGCGCUAUACAACCUGUACAAUGGUACCAUAAGUCCUCCUUCGCAGGACCCAAGCAAUAAACGCGUGGUCCAAGUAUCGCAUCUGACUGCCGUGUUUGGCCUCGUCGAGGUGAUCGCAGAACUGACGACCCAUUUUGGCGACGUCUUCCCAGCAGACUUCGAACAAGCCUGGUUAGACUAUUGCUACUACUUCAGCGCCACACAAGCUGAACAGCAAGCACGCUAUGGAGAAGUUUUUGGAAAACUGAAUCUCUAUCAAGGCCAUUCGCGUUUGACAGCGUAUGCUGCAAACAAACUGAACAAUGCGACAUUGGCUGCUCGUGCAUGGAACGAGCUUUACAAUACCGAUGGCUUCAAGGCAGAUGCGCCGUGGAAGAUUGAACGAGUCGAUGGGAGCAAGGUUCUUUUCCCCGUUGAUGAGGCGGCUUGGGUCAGUACGAAUGAUGUGGGACAGUAUGGGAUGGCCGCGAUUGAGAAUCUAGCUCUGAUUGGCGAAUAUCUCCCAUAG